UGAGCGAGUCUAGGUGGCAAGAAGUGGGGAGGAGGACGAGGAGGAGAAACCACUGGCUGUGACAGUGACAGUUGCUUCUCUCCCUGGCUUCCCCCCUCCCGCUUCAGCUUCAUCAUCAUCAUCACCACCACCAUCAUCAUCAUCAUCGCCUUCAGCAACAGCAGCUUCAGCUUCAGCAGCAGCAGAAGCAGCAGCAGCAGCAGCGUCCAUCGACAGCGUGGGGAACAAAUAAGCAGUACGCAUCUCCAAGAGGCGCUCCACUCGAAGGGGGAAGAUGGGGAAAUGGCAGAUGACCAAAUGUAAGGAGCAAGAAAUGAAACGAGAUCUUCAUUUAUGAUACGAACCCGGGUUCAUGCAUCAAUAGGAACUAUUCAAGUAACAAAAGAUUACCCCCUCUGACGCAUAAGGAAACAUGGAUGUAUCCUCAUCCUCGCUGCAGUAUGGAUCAAAAAAGCGGGUUAAGAUCCACCCGAACACAGUGACAGUGAAAUAUGCCACACACUUCCCCCAGCCUGGCGAUGAAGGGUAUGAUGACGCACCCUCUUUUGAGGAGUUUGGCGCCUUUGCAGAAUCUAGUGUGGGAAAGAGACUUGUGUCAGACCCCAAAGGUAGCAGGACUUUGUUUGGAACCAUGGAGACCCAGCCCAAGCAGCCAACUGUGCAAAGAGACAAGGGGGUCGGGGGCCAGCUGGCCAGCUUCGGAGAGGCGAAUGUGUUGGCCUCCAGGGUGACCUGGAUGGCCUUGUUUGGGGCAGCGGUGGCUCACGGUUGUGUGGCACUGAUUACUCGUUUAGCAGCCGACCGCUCUAAAGUGCCCUCCCUCGAGCUGCUCUUCAUCCGCUCCGUGAUCCAGGUGCUGUCCAUCCUGGUGGUCUUCUACUACCAUGAGGCCCCCUUUGGCCCUAAAGGCUACCGUCUACGUCUCUUCUUCUAUGGCGUGUGCAACGUCAUCUCAAUCACUUGCGCCUACACCUCUUUUGCCAUAGUACCACCCAGUAACGGCACCCUCAUGUGGCGUGCCUCCACCACAGUCUUCAGCGCAAUACUGGCCUUCCUGUUGCUGGAUGAGAGGCUGAGCUACACAGAUGUGGUCACAGUGGUGGGGAGCGUGUUCGGCCUGUGCCUGGUCAUGGUGCCAAAUGUUGCAGACGAGGAGAAGUCCAGGCUGGGGUUUUGGAAGGAGGCUUUUGGCUACACAAUGACAGUGAUGGCCGGCUUGGCCGCUGCCCUCUCCAUGAUCGUCUACAGAGCCAUCAAGGAGCGUGUCAGCAUGUGGACGGCACUCUUUACCUUCGGCUGGACGGGCACGGUGUGGGGUGCCUCCACCAUGUUUAUCAUGCAGGAGCCCAUCAUUCCUCUGGAUGGGGAGACCUGGGGCUAUUUAAUUGGGAUCUGUAUCUGCUCCACCGUGGCGUUCCUCGGAGUCUACUAUGCUCUAAACAAGUUUCAUCCAGCCUUAGUCAGUACAGUGCAGCACCUUGAGAUCGUGGUUGCCAUGUUCCUCCAGCUCAUUGUUCUGAGGAUGAUCCCGUCUGUCUACGACGUCAUCGGAUGUCUGGUCAUCAUGGUCAGUGUGUUCACCCUGACAGGAGUCAAGCUGUACAGGGUGAGCAGGGCCAUCCGGCAGGAUUAUCAAGAGAUCCUUGACUCGCCCAUCAAAUGAGUUUGGAUAUGUCAGUCUAUUUGUUUACAAUGUUGCUUGGUUGUGCAAUUUAAAGAAUGUCUGGAUCUUCAUCUGAUGAUUUUGUAUUGUUGUGUUGUUGGAAGGGUGCCAGUUGUGUAACUUAUGUCUUAAUAUUUGUGUGUGAAAUAAAAGACAAAUGUAGUAUGGU